GGCUUGCCAAUUAAUUGCAGGUGGCUUGCAGAUGCAGGUCUAGCUCUUUUGCAAGUCUACUUGGAGGGCUCCCAGGCAAGAUGUUGAAGAAACUCACCGUAGACCAGAUUACUGACUGGUUUACAAUUGGCAAGAGAGUCAGUGGGGUGGAAUUCCUGGGGGGUGAGCACAAGAGUGUUGCUGCUGCUGCUUCUGAGGAUGAUGGGCCCUCCAGUGAGCAACCACCUUCUGCUACUAAUGAGAUACAUAGUGAGAAGAGGGCUGGAGUUGAAUAUGUCAAAAGAUACAGACAACUGGAAGCAGAAGAAGUUAAUGCAAGAGACAGCAGUUGGCCUUCCUGUGAACCAGUAAAUUCAGCUUUGUCUCAGCAUGAAUCAAAUCCUGUGAAGUGUGUGCCUGUGGGCAAUUACAACUAUCCUGAUUUGCCUAUUUCAAGAUACAAGGAACAGCUAAUUUCCCUGAUUGAAAACAACUCGGUGGUCAUUAUACGUGGAUCUACUGGUAGCGGCAAAAGUACUCAGCUUCCACAAUAUGUCCUGGAUUAUAGUGCGCAGCACUCUACUUACUGCAACAUUGUUGUUACUCAACCUAGGAAGAUUGGUGCCAGCAGCAUUGCAAGGUGGAUUAGCAAGCAGAGAUCGUGGCCUCUAGGUGACCUUGUGGGCUACCAGAUUGGAUUAGAAAAAGUUGCAUCAAAGGAUACAAGAUUGCUUUAUGUGACAACUGGUGUUCUCCUUCAAAAAGUUGUUGGGGCCAAAAGCCUUUCAGAGUUCACCCACCUCUUCAUAGAUGAGGUACAUGAACGUACUGAAGAAAUGGAUUUCUUACUGCUAGUCAUCCGUAAACUACUGCGCACUAAUUCACGAUUUGUGAAGGUAAUUCUGAUGUCUGCGACAAUCAACUGCCAAGAGUUUGCCGACUACUUUGCGAUCCCAGUUCGCAACACAUUAUAUCCAGCCUAUGUGUUUGAAGUGGAAGGCGAGCCUCAUGCUGUUGAGGAAUAUUACCUUGAUGAUCUGAAAUCUGUUCUCAGUCAUAUCAGGAUUUCUAGUCAAAUUGUUGGGGACCCACAGAUACGUCCAGAGAUGUACAGUGUCGCAGUCGCUCUGAUCCAGUGGUUUGAUAAGCUAGAAAUGAAGGAAAGUGGGGCAGAAAAUCCUAAUCUGGAAUUCAUGUCAGAACGUGGAAGUGUGUUGGUAUUUUUACCAGGUUUGGCAGAAAUAAAUUACAUGCAUGAACUUCUCACGGACAUGACUCAUAGGAGGUUGCAAGUAUAUCCACUCCAUUCCAGUGUCACAUUGGAAGAACAGAAUAAUGUGUUUUUGGCUCCAGUUCUUGGAUACCGAAAGAUUCUCCUGUCUACAAACAUAGCAGAGAGUUCUGUAACUGUUCCAGACGUCAAAUAUGUCAUUGACUUCUGUUUGACUAGAACUCUGGUUUGUGAUGAAGACACCAACUAUCAGAGCUUGAGGCUAUGCUGGGCUUCUAAAAGCAGCUGUAAUCAGAGGAGAGGUCGAGCUGGUCGUGUUUCUAAGGGAUACUGCUACAGGCUGGUAUAUAAAGACUUUUGGACACACUACAUAUCUGAGACCACAAUGCCUGAGAUGAUGCGAUGUCCAUUGGAAACUACAGUAUUAAAGGUGAAGCUACUUGACAUGGGAGAACCCAGGGCUUUGCUAGCAACAGCUCUGUCUCCUCCCAGUAUAAGUGAUAUCGAGCACACUGUCCUACGCCUUAAGGAGAUUGGAGCACUUGCUAUCGGUGUCCAUUCUGAAGAAACAACCCCAUAUGAUGGUGAGCUGACCUUCCUAGGAAAGGUAUUGGCACAGUUACCAGUGAAUCAGCACCUUGGCAAACUCAUUGUUCUUGGGCAUGUCUUUGGAUGUCUGGAUGAAUGCCUUAUAAUAGCUGCAGCCCUCUCCUUGAACAAUUUCUUUGCAGUCCCUUUCAGACAGCAUCUUGAUGGCUACAGGAAUAAAAUGCAUUUUUCUGGGAACAGCAAAAGUGAUUGUAUUGCACUCGUUGAUGCCUUUAAGGAAUGGCAGGAAAGCAGAAAAAAAGGAAAGCUUCGACAUCCCAAGGAUGAACUCGAAUGGGGACGUUCCAACUGUAUUCACAUUAAGAGAAUCCGAGAGGUGGCUGAAUUGUAUGAGGAGUUGAAAAAAAGAGUUGGCAAAUUCAAUAUGCACGUCGAUACUCACCCUCCUGCCAUGGAUCAUGAGCAUGUCUACAAGCAGCGCUUCUUCUUGCAGGUGGUCAUGCUGGAGCUUUCUAUCCAAAUUAUUUUACUUUGGGUCAAUAUGAUGAAGAAAUGGCUGUGUGAGGAACUAUCAGGCAAUGAUCCUAAAACAACUGUAGUGUUGAAGAACAUUCCCCCUUAUGGCUUCCUCUACUAUAAGCAGCUUCAGUCCCUGUUCAGACAAUGUGGCCAAGUAAAAUCUAUUUCUUAUGAUGGGACCAAAGCCUUUGUAGAAUUUUCCCGGAAUCCAACAGAAAGGUUUAUAGUUCUUCCAGCAGUGUAUUUGGCCCUCAAGAUGUCACAGCUCCGGAUGCAGCUUGAACUUAACGUACAUUCUCCAGAAGAUAUUGAGGGCAAAAUUGAAGGAGGAGGAACUACGACUGUAAGAGGCACACGAGUGAAUGUGGACUUUCAGAAGCAUACAGUGACUCCUGUACAGAAGUUCAGUAACACUUUGGAAAAUCUGCAGACCAUAAGCAGCCUGGAUUUAUCUAUCAAUGUCACAGAGGUGGUAGAAGUUGGACACUUCUGGGGUUACAGAAUAGAUGAGAAAAGCAUGAAUAUAUUAAAAAGUUUAUCUGCUGAGAUCAACCACCUGGAGCUGACCCCUUUGUCAGUUCGUCCCUAUCCAGAUUUGGUUUGUUUGGCACCAUUUACAGAUUGGGAGGAUGAGAAAUACUACCGAGCCCAAAUCCUGUAUGUAUCUGGAGACAGUGCAGAGGUUUUCUAUGUUGAUUAUGGCAACAGGUCAAAAGUGGCUUUGGACUGCUUACGAGAGAUCCCAAGUCAUCUUCAAGAACUUCCCUUCCAGGCUCUGGAAUUCAAAGUGCGUAGAAUGCGUCCCUCUGCACACUCUCUGGUCUGUGGAGAGCAGUGGAGUCGUGCUGCAAGUCAGAGAUUUAUUUCUUUGGUCAAUGGUUGUGCCCUCAUGGUGAAGGUCUUCUCGAUUGUGCACAGCAUCUUGCAUGUCAAUAUCCUUCGAUACUCUGGAGCAAUGGAGAUUGUCAACAUCCGUGAUAUGCUUAUUGAAGAAUGCCAUGCCGAACUGGCAGAAGAUUCCUACGAAUCAGUCCUAAGCAAUGAAAAUCUCAAACGGCUGUUCUCAAAGCCAGAAUCAAACCAGGAGAAUGAAGCUUCACCUGUACAGAACAGCUCAAGAGAAGAACAGAAAUGCUUGAUUGAAAUGUUGUUGAAAAACUGUUCUGCCAAUCGGUUUGGUGCACCAAACUGCAAGGCAACACUUACUGGUCCUUUCAACCCCUACAAUGUGAAGUUCAGCAGUAUGACCAGAGUCUCCAGGUUCAGAAUGGUUUUGGUCGAGAAGGAGAGUGUGAACUCUGUCGUUGUCAGUGAUACGCCUGAGAAUUCAUUUCAACAGCUCUUGGUCGCUGCUUCCGUAUCAGUAAAUGCAACAGGAUCCACAAUGUUGCUGAGGGAGACAUCUCUGAUGCCUCAUAUCCCAGGUCUUCCAGCACUGCUUGGUAUGCUUUUUGCUCCAGUUAUAGAUCUCAGGACUGAUGAAAACCAAACAAGAUAUAUCGGUGCCAUUUGUGGUUUAGGAUGGAAUCAUACACUGAGAACACCUAUCUUCCAAGACCAUGACAUUGAGCUUGCGUUUGAUGUAGAGAUUGGUGCAGAUGACAUAACUCAGAUAAAUAUUCUAAGGCGUGCUAUUAAUAAAUUAGUCAGUGAUGGUCCAAAUGGCCUGUUGCAUUUUGGUCAAGAGAGAAUUUCCCAGUUACAGCAAGCUGCACGCCAAAAACUUUUAAGCUUGAUCUGUAAAUCAAAGCCUCGCAAUGUGAUUACUCCUAAGUGGUAUGAUAAUCCCUAUGAAUGGAAUCAGCAGAAAUCAAACCUUGUCAUUGACCAGUCUGACCCACGGGAUGCAAGAGAAAAGGACACCUUUCUGUACCAGUUGCAUAAGCUGGUUUUACUGAAUGCCUAAGGAUCUUACGCUAAGCACACCUUGCCAAAAGUCAUAUCUAGUCAUGACUAAUCAAUUUUGUUUUGCAAAUAAGCAUUUGUAAGAUUUAAAUUGUGCCAAGAAGCAACAUAUAUCUGCAAGUACCAUAUAAAAAUGAAGUUCUCUGUUUAAUUAUUUUAUGUUUUCCUAACUGACUACUUGUAGCCUUUUUUUAAAAGUAUGUGCCUUAUUUGAAUUCUGAACAAUUUAUAUCCAGUCCACAUGUUAGCCAUUUGGUACUGCAGGGGUGGAGAACCUUUGGCUCUGCAGAUGUUAUGGACUUCAGCUUUCCUUUACCAUUAACUAUGCUGGCUGGAGGGGGAUGUCUUAGUACUAGGAGUCCAAAAAUACCUGGAGGUACAAAGCUCCCUGGCUAAUGCAUGAGUGCUGUUGACCACAUUGAUGCAACACUCAGCUCUUCUCCUUUUGACAUGUAAAAGUGCCUGGCAAGCAUCUGAAGGAGCAAGAUAGCUGCAACUUUGGAGACUAUCAUAUUUGGAAUUCUGGAAUCCCCCUUCAUUUAGCUGGGAGAUUUUGGGAGUUGUAGUCCAAAAAGUAACUGUUCUGGGAUAGUGGAUUGAUGCCAGUCAAGGAGGACUGUCUUUUUCAUGGAUGUAACCCUCCAGGUGGAGGGAGCGAACAAUCUAAAAGGAUUCCUUUUUUUCUUUUAUGGGUUUAAGGAGAUAUAUAAAUGGCUGUGGUUAAUGUUCUCAAGUUGGCUAACUUUGAUAAUGUGGCUUAGUGUGAACCAGUGCUUCAAAGAACCCAAGUGAGAUAAAUAAAACUGGGAAAUUACUUCAGUUUAACUUUUUAGUUAACUUUCAGAGCAGCCAACUAGGAAAACAGUAUUUGCUUUUGGAUUAGAUGCACUAGACAUUUAAGUGUUCAGGUUGAUGUUUGCCUUCUGUUAUUAGCUGUAUGCUAAAUUUGUAGUUUGAAAAAAAAAUUGUAGUUGGGAAAAAAUAAAGCAUUUGAAUGUAA